CUCCAGUGGCUCAAAGCUAUGCGGGUGAAGCCAAAGUAACUCAGCGAGCCCUUAUUAGCGUUGGGAUGCCAGUAAGCUGGCUCAGUACCUGAGCCCCAGUGCUUGCUGCAAUUCCCACUGUACACACUCCGUUUCCCCGAGGCUGCCACCGCCUCUUGUUUCUCUGCGUGCUCGAUGUUUCAAGUUGGGGCUGGUCUUCAUCGAGCGCAGAACAAGUACCAUGGCAUUGCCGCGUGAAGGUUCCAGUGGCGACGUGGGAGUUUCAGGUACUCCCGGCACAGCCAAAACACAGUGAGUGCCAGGUAGUGCCUCCACCACCGAGAGGAACAUGUCUGCGGCCGCUCUCAAGGCAUACGUCGACCAGGUCCAGAUGGACAUCAUGGAACAGCUCGAUGCAGUUCAGAAUAUCCUCGACGACACUCUCGAUGCGUGCUUCUCUUCGCCAGGAGGCCGACAGCAGGUUGGUGCCCAUCUACGGGAAGCUCGAGAACCACGACCUCAGGAUCAACAGGCGCGAGGCCGACGUCAAGAAGCCCCGCGAGACGCUCAUCGUGGCCAAGAGUGAAGUUCAUGCCCCUGUCCUUCGACCAGCUGGUGGCCCCACGGGCUUCGACCGUGACGUCGACCCGUGCACAGGAAAGGUGCAGAGUCCAGCAGGCAAUCGCCCCCUACGUCCUCCUCAGCCAGGUGGCCCAUGGCACAGGUUCUCAGCCCCUGGUGAGGAAGGGGAAAGCCAAUGUGGACACAUGUCGGAACCAGCUCAUGGUCCAGAGGGAAAAUGCGUGCAAGGAAGCGAAGCGCGUUCUUGUUUUCCAGUACCCGAACCACAUUUUCUACAUCGACAGGCCCAAUUGACCGAUCACCUCGAAGUGCAAGCCUCUAGUUCACAUCGUGUAAAACCAGACGAGGGGUGCCCUGUCAUCAUGUACGCGUCCACGAACCUCGCCGCGGAGCAGAUCGACCGUGCUCGCACCGCCCCGCUGUUCGAGAAUGCCCGACGCCAGUCGGCAACCGCCCAUGAGGGGAGUCGCUAGCAGUGUGAAUGUGCCCUGCGAAUCCAAAAUUCGGUUACCGCAUCGCGAUUUGGAAUGUUGGCACUCAUCUCCGUCAUGUACGCAACCCUCGGCAAGAACAGCUGCAGUGCCUCGGGAAACUUCUACAGCCAGGUGCUCUGAAGGGUGACGGGCCCCUUUGGGCCCUCGAAGAGCAAAACAAAUGCCCCCCACCGUACGAAUUCAGAGAUUUGUGGCUUCUCUCGGCAGAGUAAUCUGGCCUCCCCCUUUCCUUCUCCUCCUCGUUCCACCCUCCGUGCUCUUCCCUCUUCCUCCCGCGUGCAUUGUGUGUGUGUGUGUGAUGUCAACUUCUGGCUGAUCACGCCACUUGGGUACAUGCCUUGGG